AUGAAGUGCUACGAAAAAUCUGCAUACGAAGAACUCUUAGAAGAGAUAAAAGAUGAGAUUCCUUUUUUCAAGAAAUACAAUGAAGAUUUCUUUUAUAAAAAUAAAAAAUUAAAAGACUUAAGUAAAAGAGAGAAUCAUCAUUUUGAUGAUAUUUAUAAAUUAUAUGAAGAAAAAAAUUAUAUAACAGAUUAUUGUAACUUAUUAGUUGACGAAAUAGAUAAUAGUUUUAAAAUUAUAGAAGAUAAUAAAUCUAUUCAUAAUAUAUGUAAAUAUUUUUUACAAAAUUUCGAUGAAAAUGUUACAAAUAAUUAUUAUGAUUUUAUAAAUGUGAAUUAUGUCUCUUCUAAAAAUAUAAGAGAUACUAUGAUAACAUAUCUAAAAAAUAAUGCCUCAACAAAUGUGCCUAAUAAGGACACCAAUCAUAAUAAAAGAAAAAUAACAAAAAAAAAGAUCAAAAAUAAGGAUAAUAUUAAUAAUAAUAAUAGUAAUAAUAAUAAUAGUAAUAAUAAUAGUAAUAAUAAUAGUAAUAAUAAUAGUAAUCUUAUUAAUCAUCAUAAUAGUAAUCUUAUUAGUAAUCAUAAUAGUAAUAUUUAUAUGUGUAAACAUAACUAUUCCUCAUAUUAUAAUUUCACCUUACAACGUGUAUCAAAAAUGUAUGACAAAAGAAAAAAAAAGAACUUAUAUAACAAAUACAUUAUAAAUGGGAUGGGGAAAAAAAUACAUAUAAAAAUUAAAAAGGAAAAAAAUUAUAUUGGCAAAAAAUUAAAAAAUAUUCAUAAGGACAAACAUAAUAUGAAACUACACAUAAGUAAUAUAAAAUAUGAAAAUAAACUCGAAAAAAAACAUUCUUUUGAAGAAGAAAUAAAAAAUAAUGAAGAUACAGGAUUUUGUGAUAUUUCUUUUAUACCUUUCAUAAAUGAUAAUUUUCAUAUUAAUUAUGGAGCUAUUAUGGAAAAUUUAAAUAGUCAAUAUUUUAAAUAUAUAUAUAUAAUUGAUAAUAUAAAAAAGAAUGAAAAAUAUCAACCAUCUUUUAAACUAAAAACUGUACAAAAUCAUUCUCAUCAAAAUAAAAAAAAUAAUAAUUUGAUAUAUACAAAUCUAGAAAAGCAAAAUGAUACUCAUACAAACAUUAAUAAUUAUUUACAAGAAUAUAAGUCAUCUGUUAAUGUAACGUCAAAUGAAAAUUUUAAAAUAAAUAAUGCAGCUAGCUAUAAUAGAUUAAUCAUAUUAGAUGACCAGUCAGGUAAAAAAAAACUUUUAGAAAAUGUGAGAAAAAAUUCGCUAGUUAAAGGAUGGAUAUAUAAAUUGGAUUUUGAACAGAAAUGUUUUUUUAUUAAAAUAUAUUCCAUAAAAAAUGAUAUAUAUGACGAUGAAAAAGUACAAUUUAUUAAAACAGAUAAUGAAAAAAAUGACAAUUUUAUAUAUGCAUGUUUACCAUUUGAAUUUAUAAAUAAAUACGAAUUUCUUCAAUGUUUAAAUAUUAAUGGACUUUCUACACAAAACUUUCAACAUCUUAUAGGUACAAAUAUAUGUGCGCAUAUAUUUCAUGAUUCAGAUUAUAUAAAUACACAUUUUCAAAAUAUUCUCAAUAAUUGUUAUGUUCAUUUUUUUAUUACAUUCAAUUCAAAAUAUUAUUAUAAAAAUGAAGCAGUCGGAUUUUCGUCAAAUGUGUUGACCAACAAUUUAAUAGUUUCCCGAAAAAAUAAUCAAAAUAAUGGUGAUAAUAAUGAUGCUAAUAAUUAUGAAUAUAAUGGUGCUAAUAAUGAGAAUAAUAAUGUUCAUCAUAAUGAUGAUAAUAAUAAUCAUUAUAACUAUAAUAUGGUUGACCUAUUCGAUAAUUUAUUAAAUAAUUUUAAAUCAUUGUUAUAUUCAUCCAAAAAAUUUUUUAAUAUAACAAAUCUCAAUUAUAAAAAAGAAUUCCUUCAAUUACAUCAUUCAAAUAUCUCGUCUCAUAUACAUUUCCAUUGCAGAAAUAUGUCCGAUCAACUAUAUGUAGGUAAUAUAAUUACACUUAAGCAAAAUCUUAUCUGGGCUAACGAAAAAUUUCUUGAGGCAUUCAAAAUUUAUAGAAACAAUAGUAAAUAUUUUGCUUUCCUAAAAAAUUUCUUUAAUUUUGAUUUCUCAUAUAUUCACAAUGGGAAAUAUGUAUAUGUCUAUGAGCAGAACAAUUUUGUAAUUGAAUAUGAUAAGACCAAUAAUAACAUGUUGAACAAUAUCAAAAAAUGUCAAAGGGAAAAAAAUGACACACACGGAACAGAUAAUGAUAAAACAACACAUAAUGAAUAUUAUAACUACUCUAAAGGAACCUACAGCAGUACCACGAAAAACGAAAGAGUAGAUGAAAAAUACUCUUCAUCAAAUACAGAUAGUUCUGUAAAUCCAAAGAAAAAAAAAAAAAAAAAAAUCGAUAAAAAUUAUAUUAACUAUUAUCAAAAAUUAAACCAUAAAGAAAAAUAUAUUUUUAAGAAUGUUAUCUUUCUAAAUCCAAAUUUGUACAAAAGUAAAUGGAUUUAUGAUUUUCUUAAUUGUAUUAAAUUAACUAUCAAUUUAAAUGAUCAACAUGUACUAGCCAAUUUUCUACUGAGUUUGGUACUCUUAGAAUUGAGUUGCUAUUCGGAAUCAUUCCUUUUCUUAUACAGAAUUUUUAAAAUUAAAAAAGCAUUCCUUGAAAGUUAUAAAUUAAAAAAAAUUAUCUUUAGUGUUUUCAUAAAACAGUUAAAAAAGUAUGUCAAAGGAAAUAUAUUAUGGAAUGUUAUAAUUAAUUUUCAAAAAUAUGAUUUGUUUAACAUGACAGAGCAAAAUUCGGAAGAAUAUUGCACAAAUAUAUUUAAAAGAAAUGUAAAUAUAAUUAAUACUUUUGAAAAUAUGUGA